AUGGCUGAGGUGAUUUACGCCAGGCCCAACAUGAUGACCAAGGCCAGGAACACACAAGGAGAGAGAGAGGAGAGGAUAGUGGAGAUCUACGUUACCAGUGAGAGCCUCAGAGAACAUGUGGGGACAGAGGAGUCCUCCAAUACUCUGGGAACAGUAAGAGGUCAGCAGCCGGACCCUGUGAGCCCUCCUCGGUGUCCGAUCAGGGCUGCGGUGGUGCUUCUGGUCCUGCUGUCUGUUGCCCUGCUGGCUGGACUGCUUGGGUUGGCAGUGCAACACAAAACCGUCUUGGACAGAGACGUGGAGCAACUUCUCCAAAGGCUGAAGAAUGUGACAGAGCAGAGAGACACACUGCUUUGUAAACAGGAAUGUCCAGGUGGUUGGGAUAGGUUUGGUUGUAAAUGUUAUGGUCUCUCCAAAGAGCGGGAAUCCUGGAAUAAGAGUAGGGAGUUUUGUGUAAGCCAAGGAGCAGAUCUGUUGGUCGUGGACAGUGAAGAGGAGAUGGACUUCAUUUACGGCAAAGACUUGAACGGCUGGCUUGGAGCGACAGAUGAGGCCAGUGAAGGGAUGUGGAGAUGGGUUGAUGGGACCGUCCUGUCAGUGGUUAACCCCGCCUGGUUCAGCGGGAAACCUGAUGUUGGCAAGGAGAAGAACUGCUUAAGGAGGUUCCGGGGGACGACCAACUUUAAAUGGACAGAUGAGAGCUGUGAGGCCAACAAUUAUGGGCUUUGUGAACUUGAUUUAAGAAAAUGA